AUGCGUGGUGGAAGUCGUCCACCGAAAUGGGUGCCACGCGGUACUCCAAAAACCCGUGGAGCUCAACGGGUUGUUCAAGCAAUCUCCGUCCUUCAAUGUUGGGCUCAGAAAGCAGCGCAAGAGCAACAAAGAACAAAGCAAUUGCGUCAACAAAAUCCCAGUUAUAUGUCUAACGAUGUGGUGGUGCUAGACGACAGUAUCGACGAUUUUGAUGUUCAACCGUCUACUAGUGGAGAAAUACCACCUUCAUUGCCGAAAAUUCCCCGCCAAUUCCCCAGCACUGUCGCAAAGACUACGAAGAAAAAUAAAAGUGAGCGACCAGUAAGCGAGAUUCAACUCCAAGAAAAGAGGGCCGAUUUAAGAGCACUGAAAGAGAUACAUUUCCCGAUUGCGGAAAUCACAAGAGAAUGGGAAAGAGAAGCUGUGAAGGCGGCUGUGAGUCACAACCUCGGAAUUUCGAUACCUUACGAUACGUCGGGAGCUCAUAUUGUUGCUACUCUUUGUUACAAUUUUCUCAGAUGGUUCCCUGAAUGUUGUUGUUUAUGCACUGCUCGUAGCGCAAAUCAUUUGGAAGCUCUGCGUGAACGAUUUCAAUAUGUUGGAAUUCCGGACACGGAGCUUACUGAAAUCGAUAAUGCGACUAGCUUCAAAAAGUUGAAAACUCAUCAAAUUGGACGUCUUCUUCUUGGGAGUUCGCAGACGCUUACAAGUGUUUGCGAAACCAGCCCGGAAGUGGCUGCUUCCGUCUGUUGUGUCAUUUUUAAUUUUGAAAGCCCCACAGAAACGGCCACAAAAUACAAAAAGCUUUUGGAGCUUGUGGGAGCGAUGGUGGCGGGAAAUUUAUGUCGAGCGGUAGUUGUUGCUCCACGCCAUGCAACGCCACAAAGAAAGAAUUCAGCGCUGAGUGGACGACAAUUGAUAAUCACAAAUCUUGGUUUAUCCGGCUGGUUACAGUUUGGCCCAUCCGAUCCGACGUAUCGAACAUAUCAUGUUAGUCCACGUGUUGGUGUCGAGUAUUGGGGCAAACAGGGUCCUGGUAGCGCUUCUAUGGAUAGUAGUUGGGCGGAUAUUUGGAAAGAGACCACGAGAGAUUUACUGCGAACCCUGGCUCGAGAUCUGCCCAUUUUGCCAUCAAUCGAUCCCGAUGAGUUGUUUUAUGCUGACUGGAACCUUGUACUAGACUCUGCUAAAGGUUGCCCUGCGUCAGUGUCUACAUUUGCUUUCUCAUUGUAUUUCAUUAUUCAAGCGUAUCGGCAUCUUGUAAUCAGUGGUCCAAGGGUCUUUUACUUAUACUGCCAUCAGAACUUGAACGCUUCUACAAAUGAGGCUCUACAACUUCAAACUGUUAUCGCAUCGAAUGAGGGUUUUCAUAAUGUUUAUGAAGAUAUCCGAAAUAAAUACUCGUUUGUGGCAGACAACGCAUACAAUGUCUCAUACAAAGAGGAAUCGAUGAAAUCACACCAAAAAUGGAUUCAUUUGAGAAGGACCGUGGAAGAUUUUAUUUUAACAGGACGUUCAAUCAAAGGAGUAGUCUUAUGCGAUUCGACAUGGAGUGCUCGUGUUGCAGCUGAGAGUAUAAAUGGAGUUGGCGAGGGUUCUGGGCACGAAGUGACCGUUGUCCACGCGGUGAUCGAUGAAAAUAAUGUCGAAGAUGUUGCUUUUCGACCGUUUCAUAAAACUCUUCAAGGAAUUCCGCAGUUAUUCCAACGGCCAACGUCAACGAUUGCUAUUAUUCGCACCGAUUUGCCGCUUGUGAUGAAAGUGCUUGAUCAAAUCGCGAAUUCUUUUCCACAAUUUGUCAUCAGCGUCGAUAGACAAUCACUUUCUUGGAUUCCGCUACAUACAACUGAACACAGUGCGAUGCUCUCGGAACGUUACGAAAAAUUGAGGCCCACUGACGGUCAUAUCCGACAAGAGUGGGCUCUUAACGAUACCGCGGCGAGAUACGAGGCACUUUCAAUUUGUGACGCAUUUGACUUCCAGUAUCACCCGUCUCCACUUUAUUUUGAAGUUGAAAAGAUGCAAACUCGAGAGUAUUUCCAUCGAGUCAAGGAACAAAGCGGAGUCGGAGAUUAUAAACUAAACUCGAGCGAAAAAGCUAACUACGAUAGGAUGGCUCUCGGCACUUUCCCGAAACCGAAUCGAGAGAGAGUACAUCUUGGUGAGCUGACCGAGGAUCAACUUUACUGGAACAAAUUGGAUCAUUCGGGCUACGGAAAAGUAUCGAACAGCCGAUUGUCCAUGCAAAUGUUGAAGCAAUUGACGGCAGAGAACUUCUCGCUGACACCUGCCGAAUUUGAAUACGAAGAGCAUCCGGAUGUCAUCGAAAAGCAAAAACAAAUCGACUCGCUUCUUGGUCAACUUGAUGAUGCAUUUCCGAGAAUU